AUGAAGCUCAACUACCUCCUUGUCCUUGCUGGCGCGGCUGUUCCUGCUCUGGCGGCAUCUGGCUCUUCAUCAGGGUCGGCAUCUGCCACGACUCCGUCUACUACCCCAUCUAGUGCUGGCUCUUCUACCAAGCCGUCGACAAGUACAAGUACCUCGGCGGCCACUAACCGUCUAGUACCGCAUCUAGUACCGCAUCUAGGACCGCAUCUAGUACCGCAUCUAGUACACCAUCCAGUGCUGUUUCCUCGUCGAAAGCAUUGA